UCAUUCCACCUGCACAGACAGAAUAUGCAGGAAAAAUGUCCGUCCUAAUGUUGGGAGCAUUUCACAGACUGGAAAUUGUAUAGAGCACAAUUUGCAGGUGGCCAUGAAGAUCAAAGUAGGCAGACGGAUUUUCAACGCCAGAAAGGUGAAGCGCAGCCUUUUAUGCCUCUUUAGCAGGCAAAUCCGGCGCCUCUUUCACUGCCUGAGGUCGAAAAUAUCCUUGCUCAGGUCUCGGGGUCGAAUCACCGGCUGCAUGAGACCUUCCCUGAAGAAGCCCGAGACUGGAAAUGGAACCCUCGUCCGCCCUUUGCAGUCUUCCUGUAGAAAGAAAGAUGUUCCAAAGGGCUGCGUGGCCAUUUAUGUAGGCGAGGAGCAGAAUCGCUAUGUGAUUCCCAUACUCUAUUUAUACCAUCCCUUCAUUUCUAAGCUUCUUGUGGAGGCGGAAAUGGAAUUCGGGUACCAUAACAGGGGGCCCCUGACGCUCCCUUGCCAUACAGACGACUUUGAGCAGCUCAAAUGGCUUAUUGAUCGGGAGAAAAGCUGAUACUUUUCUCGUCUGCGGACAUUUAUUUGAGUUUUAUUAUAACGGAAAACAUUUGUAUGUCGCGGGAUCGAAUCCUCUUGAGUGGUAGAUGAAAUGCAGAGUGUUCUGUGUUCUGUCAUAUGUCUGGAAAUGCUCGGUUGCGCGUUUGUUAACGGAGGAGCUGAAUUGCAGAACAGAAUUUCAUUGUGGUGAAUAGAUGAACAUCGUUUUCCUGCUGUGUAAAUCUUUGUAAAGAUGACUGAUUGUUUUAAAAAAUAUCUGGAGAUUGUAUUGUGAGAUGCUCAUGCGAUCUGGUAGGUUGUUUUAAUGUGCUCAAAGUCCUCGGCCAUAGUUAUCCUUUUCCAGCUUUUUCGUAAAACUUGAGGACCAAGUCCUCCAACUUACAAAAAACUUGGUAAAUAAUUUUAAUGGUGAAAUUUUGAUAAUGUU